AUGCAUGAUUUCCUCAUGGCUGAAGACAAUGAGCUAUGGGAUAUCGUACUAGAUGGACCGUUUAUUCCGAUGAUAGAAGAAAAGGAUGGAGAGAAAACUAGGCUUGUUCCAAAGCCUAGACAAAAAUAUGAUGAAACUGAUAGGAAGAAGAUAGAAAAGGGCUACAAGGCAAAAACUCUUCUUGUUUGUGGGAUAGGGCCUGAUGAGUUCAAUCGUGUCUCAGCCUGUGAGUCUGCAAAGGAAAUCUGGGACUGUUUAAAAACUGCUCAUGAAGGAACUGAACAAGUAAAAGAAUCAAAGAUUGAUAUGCUCACCUCUUUGUAUGAAAACUUCAAGAUGAAAGAAGGAGAAACCAUUCAUGAGAUGUUUACAAAAUUGUCCUCUAUUACCAAUGAGUUGAGAAGUCUUGGGGAACCUAUCAGUAUGAGCAAGCAAGUCAGGAAAGUGCUUCGAAUUCUUCCAAAUUCCUGGGAAAUCAAGGUUGAUGCCAUCACUAAAGCUAAAGAUCUGAAGGUGCUGACAAUGGAUGCUCUCAUUGGAAAUCUGAAGACUCAUGAGAUGAAUCGAAAUCAUGAUUUGUCAAAGAAGGAAGUCAAAAAGGAUAAGUCCUUGAUGCUGAAAUACAAAUCUGAUGAAGACUCCAGUGAUGAUGACAUGGCUUAUCUUAUCAAUAGAUUUCAAAAAAUUGUGAAAAAGAACAAAGGUUUUAGAAGAGGAACAAAUGGUCCUCGAACUGCUACUCAAAAUGAUACUUGCUACAAGUGUGGAAAAGCUGGGUACUUUAUUAGAGAGUGUCCUUUACUCAAAACUGAAAAUAAGGAAUAUCAAAAAUCAAGAGCUCUUGCUGCAUGGGGAUACUCUUCAAGUGACUCAGAAGAUCCUGAUGAACCAAAUGACGUGUCUAUGGUGGUGGUUCAUGAAGAAGAAACCAUAUUCAAUGAAAUGUUUACUUUCAUGACUCAUACAGAAAAUGAAGAAGAGGAUGACAAGGUAACUCUUCUUGAUAUGAAACAUGAUCUGAAUAAUUAUUCUCUUAAAAAAUUGAGAACAUUAGCAAAUGUUAUGAUUGACUCAGUAAUUGAGUUGACCUCUGAAAGAGACAUUAUGAAUACUGAACUCGACAGUUUAACUGAAAACAAGUUGACUCAGAUAAAUGAAGAAGUUGAAAAGCUAAAUGGAAGGUCAAAUGGUUUACAAGUUGAAACUGAAGAAAAACUGAAAACCACUGAGAAAAAUCUGGGAUUGGCUGUGGAGAAGAGCAACAACUUAGAAAAGGAAAUUGUCAAACUUAAGGAAGAACUUGAAAAAUCUCUUACGUGA